AUGUUUGCAAUCUCAGCUCUCUCAUUUUUCCUAUACUUUCUCCGACCUGGCGACUCCCUCGCUGGUGCUAGCCAUUGCGAGUUUACAGUCAAAAAUCCAGAAUACAUCGCCGAGUUGCGCUGUAGCACUUUUCUUUUCAGUCGAAUCGAGAGUCUACCCAUUGAGCUUAUACAAAUAAUCAUUCGGAGUGCCAUCUUUUCCGAACCAUUAGGCUCGCAUAGCGGCCUUCAUACCAUUCGUGAAAUGAGCCAGGAGGAUCGGUAUCCCAAACUCAAAAAAACUAUCGGCACCGUGCUUGGUGCCAAAUUUACUCAGGAGCUUAUUCAUCAGAAUUGGGGCGUACAUUCUGAUUUUACUCAUGCUAUAGCAUGCAAACACCAUCCCGAGCAACCCAGCCAUGGCAUAGACCAAUAUCUCCCAUCACGAGUCAUGAGACACUGUCACCCAUGCUUCCAGUUCCUUCUUACUUCCGGAGCUAUUCUCGCCUCCAGUUUCAACUCGCAACAAGAUAGUUUACUGUUCCGUGCUCUCCAGAUGCAUAACUUUGAGGCCGGAACUACCAUAAUAUCUCUUAUGAGCUAUGAAGAGCUUUUUCAUCCUGUGUCUGGGAUUGGUAAAUGGAAAGAGAUCACAGUACUUCAGGAAUCCACGGGAGUUUUGGAAUGGUUCAAAGUAUGCUGGCCCCGGGUUAAGUUAGACUCAAGAAUCAGUCUAUCUUAUUUUGGCCGUGAUGGAGUUAGAAGAAUCUGUUCUUUGGGAGAUGUUGAUAUAGCAGAAGAUCUAUUGCAAUGCGGCUUAGAUCUGGGAGCCUCUUUUGGAGAGCGCGAAUCGCCUGCUUGGGGGACAGUGCUAGUUGCAGAUAAUCUAUCUGGACAUGAGAAGGUGAAGUUUUGGGAUUGGCUUGCCAAACGUCAUCAGCCCCCUGCUUGGCUUCUUGAAGGUGCCGUCCAGGAAACGAAUAUCCAUGCUGUACGCUGGUUGAUGAAUCGCGCAGAAGCUAGGCAGGCUUGGCAGGCUGCUGCACGAAGCGCAGCUGAGCGGAUGAAACAGGGGGAUGCGGAGGUCUUUGAAGCCAUUAUCCGGCAUUCAUCCGUGAUUGAAGCUAUCAAUGCGGCUUUCCUGAGUAAUCUCUUAGAAAUAAUCGUUCAAGAGGUCCGCGAAACAAGUGCCCAAUGGGAUGCCCGUCUUUCUAACCAGACAACUCCGGCCAUCCAACGUAUUCUGAUAUCCCAACGUAUGUUGACCCUGGAGCCGAUCGCUGUGCGAAAAAUCAACACUAUCAGGAGUUUCAAUGUACUAUUGGAUUUUUCAGGUCUCCAAGUUCAAACAAAAGAGGCUGGAUUAUACAAAAUCACCGAAGCCCUGGAGAAUGGGUGGCAAUGUAACUUGUUAUCCCGUGGGUCCAUAAAUGACCUCUUGGUUCGAAUUCGGACACAAUCAUGGUCCUUAUCAGGGUGGUGGGUUAGCAGAGGGUUUAUGUUGGUAGCGUUUGCUACAACCGCCACAUGCAUUUUGCGAUGGAUAUACCGUGGGCGAGUUUCUCACAGGGCUUUGAAUUCCUCCUGGAGGUUCUGCUUUUGCUUAAUGAGGAUAUGA